ACUUUUAAUGGACCAGUAUGAUAUUUUAUGAUUAAUUCAAUAUUGCAGAUUUUAAAAAUUUAGAUGUUCUUGAACUAAUAUCGUAAGUUACAACCCUUCUUAUAUUAAUACUAUAACAACAACAACAACAACAACAUACCGGAUGUAAUCUGUAUGGGGAGAGUAGAGUGUACAUAGAUCUUAUCCUUACGAUGUAGAUAGAGAGACUGUUUCAAAAUCCAUGCAAUUUGAUGGUCGAGAAGCAAAACAUGACAAGUAAAAGUGAAUGGAGGGAAUAUAUUAUUCUAAAACAAAGACACAGCAAAGACUUAGAUAGGUCUUAGUUUCUAUAUAAUAUUUCAAUCUGAGAAAGCAAAACCUCACAAGAUCAGAAUUUGGGUGACUUUUGAUAAUCUCGUAAAAAUCAAAAAGAGUAAUGGACUCAAAACUGUACAAAGCUGCGAUGGAAGGCAAUACAGGAAAUGGUGAUUUCUUACUUGCUGAUUAUCUAAAUAGGGAUGAAGAAAAUGGGUACCAGGUCACUCCAAAGGGUAACACAGUCCUCCACGUUGCAGCUCUCUAUGGCCAAUCAGGUUUUGUGCCACAAGUUAUUGACAUUACUCCUGCAUUGUUGUGCUGUAAGAACAAGAAAAAUGAAACUGCACUUCACUUAGCAGCUAAUAAAGGGCACAAAGACGUGGUGGAGGUACUACUGCGUGGCGUAGACGUAGCUGGACAACCCGUGGGGAUCAAUAAGGAGACACUUAUGAGGAUGACAGAUGACAGUGGUGAUACAGCCCUGCACAAAGCCGUGAGGACUGGAUGUGUAGACACUGUCAGACUCUUGGUGGAACAAGAUCCUGAUUUCGAGUUUCCAGCAAACAAUGCUGGGGAGACACCACUCUAUCUGGCCGCGGAGUCUGGUGUUGUUAACUGUUUGUCGGAAAUCUUAGAACACUGCAACAGACCAACAUACAGCAGUCCAUGUGGUCAAACGGCUUUGCACGCGGCAAUAAUCCAGGAACACUUGGAUUGUGCGGCAUCACUGUGGGAAUGGAACAAAUCAUUAUGCGAGGAAACUGACAAAUGGGAUUGGAAUACACUGUAUUAUGCUGUUAAACAAGGAUUGAGAGUAGUAGUUCGUAAAAUGCUGGGGUGGAAGACAUCGUUAGCCUACACUCACGCAGGCAAUGGAAAUGACUGGGCAACAUCAAUUCAUAUUGCAGCCAAUGAAGGUCGUGUAAACAUGAUACGUGAGCUAUCAUUUCACUGUCCAGAUAGUCAGAUUCUUAUUGAAUUCUAA